GAGGAUGGAAUAUAUUCAUACACUUGCCUCUGUGAACCUGGGUGGACAGGCAACAGAUGUGAAACAAACAUUGAUGAUUGUGUUUGUGGUCCCUGUUUAAACGGAGGCUCAUGCAUUGAUCUCAUCGAUAAAUUUGCAUGCUUCUGCCAGGACGGCUACACUGGGAAAAUGUGUGAAAAUGAUGUAGAUAUCUGCAAGGACACAGCAUUUAAUGCCUCAUUGUGUUUUAAUGGAGCCACCUGUCUUGAUGGGGAAGGAGCAAACUUUACAUGCAGCUGUCCAGCAGGUUUCAUGGGGGAUUUCUGUGAAGUGGAUGUUAACGAAUGUUGCUCAGCUCCCUGCCAUAACGGUGCCGUUUGCCAAGAUCUUAUUAAUAGCUACGUCUGCCACUGCAGGUCAGGUUGGACAGGCCUUCACUGUGAGGAUGACAUUAAUGAGUGCCUUCCACAGCCCUGCAUCCAGGGGAUAUGCAUCCAGAAUGAUCCAGGCUAUGGCUACACCUGUUUCUGUCGGCCUGGAUUUGUGGGAAAAAACUGUGAGUACAACUAUGAUGACUGCCUGCUAAAUCCAUGUCCAGAAGCACUUUCCUGUGUAGAUGGCAUCAACAAGGUCAGCUGCCUGUCUCCUGUUACGGAUCCCGUUCCCUUGGUGACUGUAGUUAAGAACAUCACUCGGGGCUACACAUCCAAGGUGGAGACGCCAACACUCAGUCCAGUGCCGAAAGCGGAUCUAUCCAUAGAUAAAAGCUACAUUCAAUAUUUUGGGAAUUCAUACCUUGAGUUUAAAGGCAUUGACCUCGGUGCACUCAACAACAUUACUGUGAGCUUUCAAACCACGGCAGCGCAGGGAACUCUGCUCUAUGUGGACCAAGGCCCUGUAAACGGGGAUUUCUUUUUCAUGAAACUCUUCAUCCAGGAAGGAAUCUUACAGUACGCUUUUUGCUGUAAUGAAGAAGAGGAGGUCAAACGGAUGAGUACGCUAACUCAAGUUGAUGAUGGUGCAAUUCACAUUGUGCACAUCAGACAGCAUCUGACCCCUUGUGAGGCAGAGUUAAUACUUUCUGGAUAUGAGCAAAUUAAAAGCGCAGCAAGUAAUUACUGGUUGGGACACAUGAUUCAAAAAACAAACAACGUCUUCACCGGAGGUUUACCUCAAAACUAUCUUCCCAGCCAGAAAGCAAAACCCUUCUAUAACUUCACUGGCUGCCUUGAAGUGAUUGAAAUUAAUCGGAUGAGGAACUUUGAUGCAUCUGAGGCCGUUGGUGGCAGCAACAUAGACCAGUGCAGAUUUUUUCUCUUUGCCACAGAGGCCUCCACAGAAAGCGUCUCAACUCUGACAAGUCAGUCAGCUCCCUCUGACACAAUGAACACAACAAUGAUGGCAGCUCCCACACAAGCGCCGGAACAACCACUGCAUGAACCUCAGAUUUGCCGUGAGGGUCUGUGCCGCAAUGGAGGAUCGUGUCAUCAGCUGCAGCUGCCCGAGGGAGCUCUGCCUAUCUGUCACUGUCAGCUACAUUUCACCGGAACUUUUUGUGAGAAAGAUUCUACAGUGUAUAUACCCUCGUUCGAUGGCACAUCAUACUUAGAGCUUCAGCCUCUUGCAUUCCUUCUCCUGCCUUCUGGUGACAGCAGUAAUCACGCCUCCGCAGUCAAGGAUACAACCCUCUAUUUGACAGUGAAAACAAAAUCUACUCAAGGCACCAUCCUCUUCACGCAGGAGCAAAACCUUGGAGAUCAAUUCCUUCAUGUGUUCCUUGAAGAUGGAAACCUGGUUGCUGAGCUUGGCUGUGGCGGCAGUCAUGUUUUGAACGUAGCUUCAGCCCAGACCAUCAACAAUAACCGAUGGACGCCAAUCACAGUCCGAUACCGUCUCCCAGUCGGCAAACAAGGAAGGUCGUGUAUGAUUGAAAUAGCUGCAGAUAAUGGCACAACUCAGCACCUGGAGGAGCUCGUGUCACUCUCAGUGUCAGAGGGAAGAUUUGGACCCAUAUUUCUUGGAGAUGUUUCAUCGCAUUGGGAGAGGCAUGACGGCAGUUCAAAAGGAGGAAAGAGAUUCAUAGGCUGCAUCCGAGAAUUUCAGGUCAACUCAAAGGAUGUUGACCCGGUGAGCAAAGCCAUAAGGGGAAGAAACAUCAAGAACUGUGAUCCACCUGUCUGCCAACACCUCCCCUGCCGUAAUGGAGGAACGUGUGUCAGUGAUGCUGAGGACUGGUUCUGCGAGUGCCCCCCUCUUUACACAGGCCGGCUGUGCCAGCUCAGCUCCUGUGAGCGCAGCCCCUGCAGUCAUGGAGCCACAUGCAUCCCAAAAUCCCCUUUGGAGGCAGUUUGUCUCUGCCCUUAUGGAAGAGAGGGUCUGCUGUGCGACCAGCCCAUCAAUAUAUCUCGAGCUCGAUUCAGUGGAAGUGAUGAGUUUGGUUACACUUCGUUUGUGGCUCAUUCUUCCAUCCCAAGCCUCAGCUUCUUCUAUGAGUUCCAGCUGAAGUUCACUCUUGCAAACAACUCAUCUGCAGUCAGAGACAACCUGAUGCUGUUUGCUGGGCAGAAAGGACAAGGCAAUAACGGUGAUGACUUCCUCAUUUUGGGAGUACGGAGUGGAAGGAUUAUGCACAGGUUCAACCUUGGAUCAGGGAUUGCGACCAUCGUCAGCGAUAGACUUAACUACAGUCUGAACGUCCACACCGUCACCUUUGGAAGGUCUAAGAAAAUCGGAUGGUUGAAGGUUGACGGGCAACGUAACAGAGCGGGAUUUUCUCCUGGACCUUUAGUGGGCCUCAGUGUUUUCAACCAGCUCUUUGUAGGUGGAUAUAAUGAGUACACCCCUGAACUCCUGCCACUUGGCUCCAGGUUUCGUGAUGGCUUUCAGGGGUGCAUUUUCGAUGUGCAGCUCCGAACUAGAAGAGAUGGGAAGUUCCAGGAUUUGGGAAAGCCAGCGUUUGGGCGCAGCGUGGGUCAGUGUGGAGUCAGCCCCUGUCUGCAUGUUCACUGCAGCAACGGAGGGACGUGUGUGGAUUCCGGCUCAUCUGUGUACUGCCAGUGUCCAUUUGGGUGGAAAGGAGCUCUCUGUAGUGAGACCAUGUCCGUUUGUGAUUUUGAACACAACCCCCCUCCUCUUUGUGCCCACGGCUCCACCUGCAUCCCUCUGCCAAAUGGAUAUACCUGCCAGUGCCCUCUGGGGACUGCAGGGCUCCACUGCCAGAAAGCCGUGUCCAUCAGUGAUCCAUUCUUCAGCUCCAACCAGUCAUCAUGGAUGUCGUUCCCAGCCAUGAGUGUCAGGCACAGAACCGUGGUGCAGCUGCAGUUUCAACCUUUAUCACCCGAUGGCAUCCUCCUCUACACCGCACAGCAUCUCAGUACCAGAGCUGGGGAUUUCUUCUGUCUCUCCUUGAGGUCUGGAUUUGUCCAGUUGAGGUACAAUCUUGGGGAUGGCACCCACAUCCUGCAAUCAGCUGAAAAGGUGGACUCACGUGGCAGGACCUGGCACACGGUUAAGGCUGGCCGAAUUGGCAAUGAAGGCUUCCUCAGUCUAGAUGACAUCGAAGUUCGAGAAAACAUCACUAAAGGAAUGACCACCCUUGAUGUGACAACGGAUAUAUUUGUCGGAGGCGUGUCCUCUCUGACUUCUGUCCCCCCAGAGGCAACGGAAGCACACCCAGUUAGCUUUACCGGUGGCUUGAGAGAAUUAAUAGUGAAUGAACAGGAACUGGAGUUAACGGACGUGGGGGCCGUUGGUGGAGCAAACAUUGGAGACUGGGAUGGGACGGCCUGUGGGUACAAAGUGUGUCAAAAUGGAGGUCAAUGCAAAGCAACAGGCGUGGACUCAUUUAUAUGCAUUUGUCCAACAUUAUGGACUGGCCCAGUGUGCAACCAGUCUGUGAGCUGUGCAAACCAUACCUGCAGCCCUGGCUCUAUAUGUGCUCCAUCUACGGCCAUCUCUUACAGGUGCAUGUGCCCCUUAGGACGGAGAGGAACACACUGUGACGCAAAAGCCUCCACAGACAUUUUAAAACUGGUCGGAAACUCUUAUGUGAAAUACAAAGACCUGAGAUUCACCAGUAGAAGCUUGAAACACACACAGGUUUCCUUCAGUGUCCGCGCAGACUCCAGUGACGGAUUGAUCAUGUGGAUGGGAAAGGCUGAACACGAGGAUGACGACUACCUCGCCGUUGGACUCCAGAGGGGCCAUCUGAAAAUCGCUGUCAAUCUAGGAGAGAGACUUUCCCUUCCUUUGACUUUGAAGUCUGUUUCCCUCUGCUGCAACAAAUGGUAUAAUUUGUCCUUAGCUCUGAACAACACAAUUAUCCGUGUGUUCCUGGAUGGGGAGAGGAUGCUUUUGGAAGAUGUGGAUCCGUUUGAGCGUUACUUAGCUUUGAACUACGGGGGUCUGCUUUACUUUGGAGGUUUUGAAUUAUACAAAAACAUAUCAGCUGUCACCUUUGGCAUGUUUUCAAAGGGCUUUGAGGGAAGUGUCAGAAAUGUUUACCUGUUUGGAGAAACCAGGCCGGUGGACUUUCUUAAAAAUAGUGAGGGUUUUAAUAUUUAUGAGGGCACUGUCUAAUACAGCUGUAACCCCUAACCUCUGAAAGAUUCUCGUUUUCUAGGUUUAGAUGAUAGUUUUACUACUGCCUUUUAAAAACAUGCUUGUACUUUAGAGCUUGAUAUUAAGUGCAAAGAAGUUAACUUUUCUGGAUUUAUUUUGCACCAUUUGAGUUCAAGCUUAGUUUUUUGCUACACUGAGUUAAAGUUUUUUUGGAUUCUUUGAAAUAGUAAAUAGU